AUAUGGGUUGAGGAGCGAGGAGUGAUUUAGCAUGCAUUGUUUAGCGUGGAUACCCUGGAUAUGAGUUAUGAACAUAUAGCAUGUGAUUAUGUAACUAUGCAUCCAACGUAGUUAGUCUCCGCAGGACGGAGUACAUGCCAACUCGACGUCAACCGCAGUCAGUUGCCGGUUCUCCGUACAAAUAGCUCGACAAUUGGUCUCAAUCUACACCAGCUCAGGCGGUAGAACCUGAAACAUCCACCGGAACUUUGUCAGAACCAAUACAUAAGACAAACUGUGUCAACAUCAACAACACAGCACCACCACAGCACUCAACACCAUGACCGACCUCACCCCCACGUUAACAGACCUGCUCCAGCAGAGCACCAGCACCCCAAAGCUCUCAACAGGAUACAUGACGACCGAAAUCGCAGACGAAUUCCUCAAAGAAGCCUACAGAAUUAACACCCACAUAACCUCACUCCUCCAAUACCUCCAAACCAUCCGCCCCUCCUACCUCUCCCUCACCAAAUCCAAACCCACCACCAAACCCCAACAGCAAAGUAUCCAAGCCCAAGAAACCCUAACCGACUCCGCCCGCGACGAAAUCACCGCCUCGACAUCAACUCUCCUCUCCAACCUGAGUACCUCCAUCUCGACCCUCUCGUCCGCGGAAUCACUCCGCCAGGAGACUGUAACCCGGACGCUGGAUCAGAGGUUCAAGAGGGGUUUACUAGCCAAGUGGGCCGGGGGGGCUGCGCUCACUUAUGAUGAUGAUGAUGAUGGGGAGGGGGGGAGAAGUGAGGAGGAAGUGCGCGAGCGGGAAAAAGAACGGAAUAUGAAGUGUGUGAGGGAAAGUGUGUUGUGGUAUUUGGGGAGGAAGUUGAGGGAGGUGGUGGAUGUGCAGAGGGAUUUGGUGGAGAGGAGGGUCGAGAGGGUGAGGGAGAAGGAGAGGAGUGUGUUGUAUAAUUUACACGCUUCGGGGGCUGCUUCGGUGAAGGGGAUGGGGGUGGGGAUGGGGUGGGAGAUGGGAGGUGUGGAUGGAAUGGAUGGGAUAGGGACGGCUGCGAAGAUGGAUGAGGAGGAGGUUCGUGCGAUUGAGAGCCAACUCACUCCGCAGCAGUUGCAGCUCUUUGAGGAGGAGAAUGAGAGUAUGGUAAGGUAUUUUGAGGAUGUGGUAGGGAAGGUUCAGAAUGCGGAAAAAUCCCUCCUCGAAAUCUCCUCCCUCCAACAAACCCUCGUAUCGCAUCUCGCGACGCAAGAAGAAUACAUUGGACAAUUGGUCACAGAUGCCAGUAACACGCGGGGAAACAUCGGGGAGGGCAAUAAAGAGUUGAAACGCGCGACGGAGAGACGGAGUGCCGCGCAGGCGGUGUUCUGGGGCACCGUGGGAUUGUGUACGUGGUUGGUGGUGUGGGAUCUUGCUUUUUAAUUUAUCUUCAUUGUUUAUCUUGUGUUGAUUUUAUAUGCGAAGGUUGUUUCCUUUGGGUUCAAGUCCAG